CCCCGCCCCCCGGGUAAACAGGCGCUUCCGCACAUUCUUCACGCGCCCCGCCCCUUUCCUGCCCCUUCCCAGCCGGGGGAGGGUCCCCGCGCGACCCCCCUUCCUGCCCCGCGACAGGCGGAGCCUGCACCUCUGCAGGAAGUGGGGGCCGAGCCGAGGCCACGCUGAGUCCGAGGCCGAGUCGCCCGGCCGCCCUGUCAUUAGUGACGGGGCCGGCGGGGUUGUCGGACUUCGGGCGUCAGGCGGUGUCCGGCAGGACUAAGAUACAGAGGCCGGGCCUCCGGAGGGGGCUUCAAAAGUCUGAAUGGCGCUGGACACCCGCCCUCGCCACCCCCCAGGGAGCCCCGCGCGGACUCAUUCCAUGAUGUCCCUGUCGGUGCGGCCGCAGCGCCGCCUGCUCAGCGCCCGGGUCAAUAGGAGCCAGUCCUUCGCAGGCGUCCUCGGCAGCCACGAGCGGGGGCCCAGCCUCUUCUUCAGGAGCUUCCCGGCCUUCAGUCCCCCCGGGCCUCCACGGAAGCCCCCAGCGCUCUCCCGAGUAUCCAGGAUGUUUGCCGUGGCGCACCCUGCCCCUAAGGUCCCGCAGCCUGAGCGGCUGGACCUGGUGUACACUGCGCUCAAGCGGGGCCUAACGGCCUAUUUGGAAGUGCACCAGCAGGAGCAGGAGAAACUCCAGGGACAGAUUAGGGAGUCCAAGAGGAAUUCCCGCCUGGGCUUCCUGUAUGACUUGGACAAGCAAGUCAAGUCCAUCGAACGCUUCCUGCGACGGUUGGAGUUCCACGCCAGCAAGAUUGAUGAACUCUAUGAGGCAUACUGUGUCCAGCGGCGUCUCCGGGAUGGUGCCUACAACAUGGUCCGUGCCUACAGCACUGGGUCCCCGGGGAGCCGCGAGGCCCGAGACAGCCUGGCCGAAGCCACUCGAGGGCAUCGCGAGUACACAGAGAGCAUGUGUCUGCUGGAGAGUGAGCUAGAGGCACAGCUGGGCGAGUUCCAUCUCCGGAUGAAAGGGCUGGCGGGCUUCGCCAGGCUGUGUGUAGGCGAUCAGUAUGAGAUCUGCAUGAAAUAUGGACGGCAGCGCUGGAAACUAAGGGGCCGAAUUGAGGGUAGUGGAAAGCAGGUGUGGGACAGUGAAGAAACCGUCUUUCUUCCUCUUCUUACGGAAUUCCUGUCCAUCAAGGUGACAGAACUGAAGGGUCUGGCCAACCAUGUGGUUGUAGGCAGUGUCUCCUGUGAGACCAAGGACCUGUUCGCUGCCCUGCCCCAAGUGGUGGCUGUGGACAUCAAUGACCUCGGCACCAUCAAGCUCAGCUUGGAAGUCAUAUGGAGCCCCUUUGACAAGGAUGACCAGCCCUCAACUGCUUCCACUGUCAACAAGGCCUCCACAGUCACCAAGCGCUUCUCCACCUAUAGCCAGAGCCCACCAGACACACCCUCACUUCGGGAACAGGCUUUUUAUAAUAUGCUGAGGCGGCAGGAGGAGCUGGAGAAUGGGACAGCAUGGUCCCUGUCAUCUGAAUCUUCAGACGACUCAUCCAGCCCCCAGCUCUCAGGCACUGCCCGCCACUCUUCAGCCCCCAGGCCUCUGGUGCAGCAGCCUGAGCCUCUGCCCAUUCAGGUCACCUUCCGUAGGCCUGAGACCCCCACCUCUAGGCCUGUGGAUGAACAGGGGGCCAUAGCCCCAGCCCUGGCCAAUGGGCAUGCCCCCUACAGCCGGACUCUGAGCCAUAUCAGUGAGGCCAGUGUGGACGCUGCCUUGGCUGAGGCUUCAGUGGAGGCUCUGGGUCUAGAAAAUCUAGCUCAGGGACCUAGCCUGCAUGCACACCCAGGUCCCACCCAUGGGGAGCAACCUGGUCCUGUCCCUCCUGCUGUGGACCCUCUCCAUUCUGCCACAAGCCCUACCCUCAGUACAACAGGCCCUGCCUGCACAUCUACAGACCCAGAUCUGUCUGCACAUCUAGACUUGGUUCACAAGGUCACAGAUGCUAGCUCUUCUGAACUGCCAGGCUCCACCCAUACCACUACAAGCUCGACCUCUAAUGCCAUUAGCCCCAGCCACAGUGCCCCAAGCGCCACUCACACUACCACAGGUUCCACCCACAAGCCCAUGGUCUCUACCCCUUCCACUACAGUCUCUACCCCCACUCCUACCCCCAAUACUAUAGGCCCUGUACAGACAACCACAAGCCCUGUCCACACUACCACAAGCCUGACCCACACUACUGCAGCCCCCUCCCGUGCCACUACAAGCCCCACCCACACUACAAGUCUCACCCAUGCCACUACAAGCCCCACCCACACUACUGCAGGCCCCACCCAUGCCACUACAAGCCCCACCCACACUACUGCAGGCCCCACCCAUGCCACUACAAGCCCCACCCACACUACUGCAAGCCCUACCCAUGCCACUACAAGCCCCACCCUCACAACCCACAGCUCUUCCAGUUCUCCAGAGGAUGCCAUGCUUCCCAGCCCCUCUGCAAACACAGACCCUACCCUCCCAGGCAUCCACACCCUGACCUGCAGCUACCCAGCCUCUGCUCCUUGCACUCAGGCAGACCCCAUAGACCCCAGCCUCUCCUACCCAAGUCCUGCCUGUUCCAGUUGGGAACCCCUCACAAGUCACUCCCCAGACGCCCCAGGGAAGCCCAUUCUUCAGAGCCCAAGCCCACCUCCUUCACCUCUAGCCCCUGUGCCCCAGCAUUUAGACCUUAGCCUAGCCAUGGCCACCCGGGCCCCAGUUCCAGGGGCAGCUGGAGGGGCUGGGGAUAGGAGGCUGGAAGAGGCCCUGGGGGCCCUGAUGGCUGCCCUGGAUGACUACCGUGGCCAGUUCCCUGAGCUGCAGGGCCUGGAGCAGGAGGUGACCCGGCUGGAGAGUCUGCUCAUGCAGAGACAAGGCCUGACUCGCAGCCGGGCCUCCAGCCUGAGUAUCACUGUGGAACAUGCCCUGGAGAGCUUCAGCUUCCUCAAUGAGGAUGAAGAUGAAGACAUGGAUGGUCCUGGAGACAGGCCCCCAAACAGCCUGGAGCCUGGGGCUGAGGACAGCCUCGACUUACCCAGUGCCCGCCCCCUCAGCACAGAGUGUCCAGCUCUGGACGCUGCCUUGGUCCAGCACCUGUACCACUGCAGCCGCCUCCUGCUGAAACUGGGCACCUUUGGGCCCCUGCGCUGCCAGGAGGCAUGGGCCCUGGAGCGGCUGCUGAGGGAGGCCAGAGUGCUGGAGGCUGUGUGCGAGCUUAGCAGGCGAUGGGAAAUCCCUGCCACCUCUGCCCAGGAAGUGGUGCAGUUCUCAGCCUCCCGGCCCGGCUUCCUGGCCUUCUGGGACCGGUGCACAGAGGGACUCAGCCCCUUCAUCUGCCCUGUGGAGCGAGUCCUUCUCACCUUCUGCGAUCAGUACAGUGCCCGUCUCUCCCUGCGCCAGCUGGGCCUAGCUGAGGCUGUGUGUGUCAAGUUCCUGGAGGAUGCCCUAGGGCAGAAGCUGCCCAGGAGGCCCCAGCCAGGCCCUGGAGAGCAGUUCACCGUCUUCCAGUUCUGGAGUUACGUUGAAGCCUUGGAGAGCCCUUCCAUGGAGGCCUAUGUGACUGAAACCGCUGAGGAGGUAUUACUGGUGCAGAAUUUGAACUCGGAUGACCAAGCUGUUGUUUUGAAGGCCCUGAGGCUGGCGCCCGAGGGGCGGCUGCGAAGGGAUGGGCUUCGGGCCCUCAGCUCGCUGCUGGUCCAUGGCAACAAUAAAGUCAUGGCUGCUGUCAGCACCCAGCUCCGGAGCCUAUCCCUGGGCCCUGUCUUUCGGGAACGGGCCCUACUAUGCUUCCUGGACCAGCUGGAGGAUGAGGAUGUACAGACGAGGGUGGCUGGCUGCCUGGCCCUGGGCUGCAUCAAGGCUCCUGAGGGCAUUGAGCCCCUCGUGUACCUGUGCCAAACGGACACAGAAGCCGUGAGGGAGGCUGCUCGGCAGAGCCUGCAACAGUGUGGGGAAGAGGGGCAGUCUGCCCAUCGACGGCUGGAGGAGUCCCUGGACGCCCUGCCCCGCAUCUUUGGACCUGGCAGCAUGGCCAGCACGGCAUUCUGAGUUCCUUACCCACUGGCUCCCUGUGCCCCUUCCCCUCACUUUCAGGGCUUAGCAGGCACUGGCAGGGAGGGUGAGGGCUGGCUCCAGACACCUCUCCCCCACAGAUUCCCAUCCAUGAAAAUCUAAUAUAUUCUUCCAUCGCUCUUGGGUUGGUAGAGUCAGUGCCUGCAGUCCAGUGCCUCCCAGCCUCGGCUCAGCACACUCGCCACAAAAUCAGUGUCCCACCACACCCCCUGGUUUUAUAUUUUAUUUACAGAGUUUUACAGAAAAUAAAAAAGCAAAAUGCCUUUCCUA